GGCGCCUUUUGAUUCUGCGGCUUUCGUUUUUCGUCUCGUGACGUAAAAUAUUCUUAAGCUGUGUAGGCACGAUUCAGGAGUUCCGUUCUUAUUUCUCUCAUAUUUUUCUGGGAUUUGUCUGCGCUUGAUUGUUGAAAUAAAGGCAUGAGGGAAAAUAUGAGCUGGCGGAGAGUAUUGAAGUCUGUGCAGGCGCUCGCUGCCCAUACCCUUCCUUUCUGCUUCACUCUUCUCCUCGUCUUCAAGCUUGAUCAUGUUGUCUCCUGCUCUUGGUGGAUAAUAUUUUUUCCGCUAUGGAUGUUUCAUGCUGUUGUGGCCAGAGGAAGGUUCUCAUUACCUGCGCCAUCAGUUCCACGUAAUCGACAUUGGGCACCAUGCCAUGCCGUUGUUGCAAUACCAUUGCUUAUUGCAUUCGAGUUGCUCCUCUGUAUAUAUCUUGAGAGCUUAUAUGUUCAUGGUUUUGCAGCUGUCAAUCUUAAGAUCGUGUUCCUUCCCUUACUAACAUUUGAAAUCAUUAUUCUAAUUGACAAUUUCAGAAUGUGUAGGGCUCUAAUGCCAGGGGAUGAAGAUAACAUGAGUGAUGAGGCAAUAUGGGAAACACUUCCUCACUUUUGGGUCGCAAUCUCAAUGGUCUUCUUUGUUGCUGCUACAGUCUUCACACUCUUAAAACUGUGCGGUGAUGUAGGUGCUCUUGGCUGGUGGGACUUGUUUAUAAACUUUGGUAUUGCCGAGUGCUUUUCCUUUCUUGUAUGUACAAAGUGGUCAAAUCCAAUCAUUCAUAGAAAUUCUCGCUCAAGAGGAGCCAGUUCAUCUUCUAGUACGAUUAGAUAUCUUGACUGGAAUAGUGGCUUAGUAGUUUCUUCAGAGGACAAUCAGCAUCAGGAGAGAAUGUGUGGCCUACAAGACAUAGGAGGUCACUUUAUGAAGGUUCCAGUCAUUGGAUUCCAGAUUCUUCUUUGUAUGCGUUUAGAGGGAACGCCUGCUAGUGCUAGACAUAUGCCACUUUUAGUUCUCUUCUCUCCACUUUUUCUACUGCAAGGUGCUGGUGUACUGUUUGCUGCAUCUAAGUUAGUGGAGAAACUUAUACUUCUGCUGCGUAGUGGAGCUGGUGUAGGAAUAUAUUUUAGAUAUUCUUCGAGAGCUCAUGAUUGCUUGGGGUUUUUGCACCAUGGUUCAAGGUUAUUGGGUUGGUGGUCCAUUGAUGAAGGGAGUCGAGAAGAACAGGCACGAUUGUUCCAAGAGAGGGCAUCUGGGUAUAACACUUUCAGUGGUUAUCCUCCUGAUGUUGUUAAGAAAAUGCCUAAAAAGGAUCUUGCUGAGGAGGUCUGGAGACUUCAGGCAGCUCUUGGGGAGCAAACAGAAAUUACAAAAUACAGUCAACAGGAGUUUGAAAGACUUCAGAAUGAGAAAGUGUUGUGCAGAAUUUGUUUUGAGGGGGAGAUUAGCGUUGUAUUGCUACCUUGCAGGCACAGAAUCCUCUGCAGCACUUGUGCUGAGAAGUGUAAGAGGUGCCCAGUUUGCCGGCUCUCAAUUGAGGAGCUACUACCUGUAUAUGAUGUUUAGGUUUUAACGUGGCUAACUUUUUGUUCAAGACCGUGGAAGAAAUGGCGCUAAAGAAAGUGUACCAUAGUUUAACAGGAUGAGUAUGCCGUAUAGUUUUAGCAGCGACACCGAUGCAACGCAGUGUCUAAAUUAACAGAGGCAUAACGAGAAAUCACCAUACAGAUGUUCUUUGGAAUUUGAUUUUACCCGUGUGUAAUUUGUAUAUGCUAAAUGCUCACAGGCUAUGUUAAUGCGAUUGGUGACUAUGAUGAGUUGUAGCUUUUUGGAUGAAUGGGUUGGUUGUAAGUUUUGUUUGGGCA